AUGCUUGACGCACCGCCACAGACUCCCAGUCGCCCAGUUCGCCCUCGCCAUGCCUCAGCCAGCAACCCGUCGCCCGCGUCGCAAGCAGUCUCGUUUGACGCCUCCUUCUCCCUGCUCCUGUCUCUGCCCAGAGAACUUCGCGAACGCAUAUAUGUCUUCGCGCUCACGUCUUCGCACCCGUUCCCGUGUCCGCGCCCACUUCAGCCUCCGCCUGAGAAGUUCAAGCAUCAUGUCAGCGUCAGCCUCAUCCGCGCCAAUAAACAAGUCUACGAAGAAAGCGUGUCGAUGCUGUAUAGCAGGAAUACAUUCCUCUUCGUCCAUCCGUCCGAUUGCAACAUCUUCCGCAUCAUUGCCGCCCCAGCGUCACACAAUAUAACCAGCGUUUUCUUCCGCAUUCGCGAGAAGGACUUGCGCUUGUGGACGAGUUAUCUCGGGAGCAAGACUACAGAGCGCAGCUUGCGGUUCGACCUGCCAAAACUGAAGAAUCUCUCCAUCUCCAUGCUCUACCGGAACCUCACCAUGCACACCGCUCUCCUAGCCCACAGUCUGCAAAACAAUGCCCUCGCCGGUCUACCCCCCGCCAUCGUGGUGCAAGUCCAAGCCGUGCAAAAUGCGCUAGGCCAGCAAAUCGCCGCGCUGAAUCAACAGGGCAGGAAUGCCGAAGGGGGCGAUGAUGUAUCGCAAACUCCCCCGCCAGCAAUCCCCUUCUCCCAAUUCCAAGCUGGCGCGUUGUUCCCGCAACCGCCGCCACCACCUCCUGCUCCCGUCCAUCACAAUCCUCCACAUCACCACCAGGCCAUCCCAAUCGUAUACGGCACGCCCAGUCCCGGUCCCAAUCCGCCCACGCACUUCCUCCGCUUCGAGCGCGAAAUGGGCAUCGAGGCGCUGUGUCUGGCACUUUCGGAGACGCGCAGGAAAGACACGGACGUCAAGAUUGUAUGUACGAUGCGCAUCCCCAAACGCGAGGUUGAGCGGCUGGUGCGUAUGUGGCCGGAGGAGAUGGAGAGGUGUGAGGUGUGGAAUGCCCGGACGAGGUUUAGGAAGGUUGGGGGCGUGGAGGUGAGUUUGGAGGUCUGCGGGUAUGAGAUUCUGGGGAUUGGUGGUGCGUGA